AUGUCCGCCCAAGUUGCUAAGGCCGAGAACCCCUGCCGAUCCCUUCGCUUGUCGAAGUUGGUCCUGAACAUCUCCGUCGGAGAGUCCGGUGAUAGACUCACUCGCGCCGCCAAGGUUCUCGAGCAGCUGUCCGGUCAGACCCCUGUCUACAGCAAGGCCCGUUACACCGUCCGCACCUUCGGUAUCCGCCGUAACGAAAAGAUCUCCGUCCACGUCACCAUCCGCGGCGCUAAGGCCGAGGAGAUCCUCGAGCGUGGCCUCAAGGUCAAGGAGUACGAGCUCCGCAAGCGCAACUUCUCUGAGACCGGUAACUUCGGUUUCGGUAUCAGCGAGCACAUCGAUCUCGGUAUCAAGUAUGAUCCCGGCAUUGGUAUUUACGGCAUGGACUUCUUCGUCUGCAUGGACCGCCCCGGUGCCCGUGUUGCCAAGCGCCGCCGCUGCCAGUCCAAGAUUGGUGUCAACCACCGCAUCACCACCGCCGAGACCAUGAAGUGGUACAAGACCAAGUACGAUGGAAUUAUCCGUUAA